UAAUAAUAUUAAUGCUUUCAACAUAAGUAUUUAAUUCUUUUGCUUAAAGAUAAAGCAAUGGAAUAAUCAAACUAUUGGCAUAUGGUGUGUUCUUUGGAGGUGCUUAUGGUUGUGCUUGGCAUUAAUGGAAAGGAGGAUAACAAAAAUAAUUAUAUGAGAAAGUUGAAAAUGAAAUUACAGAAUGGAAACCUGUUAGUAUAAAUGGACUGAAUGCAAGCAGAUAUCCAUGGGCUUAAAAUAUAAGAAAUUGGGAGUAUAAAUUAGUGAAAUUGUAUGGAUAUUUUAGAGUAAGGGAUGUUUGCUAUGAAAGGAUGAAAGAUUUUUUGUGAGGAGAGAAAGAGAAGGCAGAGAUGGAUUCCUUGUAUUUGCACCUUUUGUAACAGCAUUGCAAUUUAAUGAUACUGAAUAAGAUCCAGAAUAAACUACCAAAUCAUAAGUGAUGGUAAAUUUAGGAUGGGUGCCCAAGGAUAAUAUAAGCGAUAUCUAAAUGGGUUAAGAACCUAUUGGAACAACAGUACAAUGAUUUGUAUUCCAUAAGACCUAUGAUAACGUGCCUCAUAAUGAGGAUGAUGAUUAAUUGACAGGUUUCAAUAGAAAUAUUGCCAAUAUGGAGGAAGAUUAUCAAAUGCCAUUUGUAGAAUUCGUAGGUAUGGUGAGAAGAGGAGAAGAGGAAGACAUAUUAAAAGGAAGAAGAAAUUGGCCAAGAGAAGGAGUCUAUAAUUAUAUCGAUUUAUGGUUCAUGUCUAGAUUAUACAGAUCAUUCAAUUUAGUAAAGAUUUAUAUUAAAUUAGACCGAUUCUUCAGCUGCAUACAUUGAAAGAUUAGUAUAGGAAUACGACGAAGAAUCUGCUAAUUUAUAUCCUAUUCCUGCAACUAAAGAUAACUUUGAUAAGCCUCUACCUACUCCAUAGACUCAUUAAGCAUAUUCAUUGUUUUUUGGAUUGUCAUCAAUAAUGUCAUUAGCUCUAUUGGCUAUAAGAAGAUGAUUAGAUCUAUCAUAAAUGCAAUAAUAAUAAAAAUAUUAAUUAU